AAAGAUGACCUGUCAACCAUCCACGUCUCCACCGCCGAGCUAGUAUAAAUUCGAGGUCUGCAUCUCGUGAAAUCGUUAGUGAAAUCACACAACUGUUAGCUACAGCAGCUUUUCUAAACCUUCUGUUACAUUUUUAAAAGGUGCAGGCGUCUUUUGAGAGAAGUAAUAGCUGCAACUCAGGUUUCUUUUUGUAUUUAUUCACGCCAUAACUUGCCUUAAACAAACUGAAAAUGAAGGGUACCGCAUUCGCCGCUUUCGUUUGUGUGCUGUUGGUGGUGGCUUUUGCGAAACCGGCAGAAAAACAAGACGAGCAUAAGAGAGUGAAAGAUGCCAAACUCAGCGAUGAGGAACACUUCGAAGGGAAACAACACAACGUUGAUUAUGACCACGAUGCUUUUCUUGGGGAAGAAGAGGCGAAAACGUUCCAGAAUCUGAGUCCAGAGGAGAGCAGAAAAAGGCUUGGUAUGAUUGUCGACAAAAUUGAUGAAGAUAAAGAUGGCUUCGUAACUGAAGAAGAAUUAAGAAAGUGGAUUGAGCACCAGCAGGAGCAGUACUUUUUCGAGGAUGCUGGCACCCUUUGGAAAAGCCACAACCCCGAUAGCGAUGACCAAAUGACAUGGGAGGAAUACAAUUCCACCACUUACAGCAGUUUAGCCGAGGAGGAGUUGGUCAAACUACCAGAGAAUGAACGAAUGGACUUUGCCAAAAUGAUCAGACGGGACAAGGCACGCUGGGCCAGUGCCGACGAGAACAAAGAUGGCAUCCUUUCCCGGGAGGAAUUCACCGCCUUCCUCCAUCCCGAGAACUUUGACAGGAUGCGAGGAAUCGUUGUGCAGGAAACCCUGGAAGAUGUGGAUAAGGACGGAGAUGGAAAGAUCUCCCUGGAGGAGUACAUUGGAGACAUGUACAGAGAGAACAACGAUGGCGCUGAGGAGCCUGAAUGGGUAAAGACGGAACGCGAGCAGUUUGCACAGUUCAGAGACAAGAACCAUGAUGGUUUCAUGGAUCUUGAAGAAGUCGGGGAAUGGAUCCUGCCAACAGAAUACGACCACAUAGAAGCAGAGGCUAAACAUCUAAUAUUUGAGGCGGACAAAGACAAGGACAAGAAGCUGACUAAGAAGGAGAUAAUUGAUAAUUAUGAUCUGUUCGUCGGCAGCCAAGCAACUAACUACGGCGAGAGCUUGCAGAGACAUGAUGAAUUCUAAGCAUCACUUGUCCGAGCACCAAACAUGUACAUGUAAUUAAAGCCACAUGCUGGACUUUGGACAUCCACAACUCGUAGAACUAUUUGUGAAUUUCGAGAUCUUUCCCCGUCGAUUCUUUUCACCCUACUUCAGUUUCUUCCUGUCGUCAAAGUUGCAAAUCCCUCCAGUGUUACAUUUCAAUUCCAGGAUCUGCUGUCAUCAGAGGUGAGAUCCUAGAGUCAGCUGAUGUCAGUUGAUACGCUGAUAAUUCUUUUGGUGGAAAUCAUUCCCCUCCUGUUAAUAAAAACCGUAGCUGUAAUUUUUAGUACGAUGAAAGUGUAUAUAAUGACUCGAAAGCAGCUAGCUAACGCAUUCACACACAUGUAGACUUGUUCUGCACAUUUAUGGUCACAAUGCAGAUCUACAGUAGUAAGAAUGGUAGUGUUCUUCAUUGGUCAACAGAACUCCAAAGUAGUAACCAGCCAGAAUGAUUAUGAACAUGACUGAAUGACGAAAUAUUUGCAACACAGAGGCCGAUGUUUUAAAACUUAUAAUUUAUCUGAUUGUGGUGCUACUAAAUAUGCAAAACAAUGUUUAGUUUGAAGUGCAUAUCAGGACAAAAUGUCCAAGGCUAGAAUUUGCAUUUUAAUUUAGAAAGAAUGCUUUUAACAAUCACUCAGAAUGCAUAGUCGUAGUUUGGCCUAAUCUAGUAUUUAGAAAGUUUACUCAUUACUGUUUAGGAUACCUUUGAACAGUAUUAACGUGUGCGCUUUGUAACAUACCCGGUAUACACAUUAGUAGUUUCGACUUUGUUUUGUAAAAUUCAUUUUGAGAACUACUUCUGUUAUCACCAAGGAUAUCACAUUAAUUUCUUGAUUUUGUUUCAUUAUGCAGCCGCUUGUUUUGCCAAGAAUGCUUUUGUAAAUUAACACGUUUGAAAAUAAAAGGAAAGGAAGAAAACAUGUUUUGAGAAUGAA